AUGCACUUCACCAACGCUCUCCUCGCCGCCGUUGCCGUCGCCGGCUCCGUCUCGGGCCUGGCCGUCCGCCAGACCCCAAUCUGGCAAACCCUCCCGGCCACCCCGGCGCUCCCCAACCCCAUCUCCACGGUCAAGACACCCAUUAACGGCAUCCAAAUUUGGUUCCAAAAGUACAACGAAAAGGCCGGCGGCGUGCCCAUUCUUGUGGCCCACGGCGGCCUCGGCUACUCUGCCUACUUUGGCGCCGUCAUCACCCGCCUCAUCGCCGCGGGCCACUAUGUCAUCGCCGUCGACCGCCGCGGCCACGGCCGCACGACCUACAACAAGGGCGACGUCUUCACCUACGACCAGAUGGCCCUCGACACCCACGCCCUGCUCGAGGGCGCCGGCGUGACGUCCUACCAUAUCGUCGGAUGGUCCGACGGCGGCAACACCGCUCUCGCGGCGCUGGUCAACCCCGUCACGGCCAAGCCCAUCAACAAGGUCUUCCUCUUUGGCGCCACAGCCAACCCCUCCCAGUCCAACGUUACUUUCAGCGACACGGCCAUCUUUUCCACCCUUGUCUCGCGCUGCGCGACCGAGUACGCCAGCCUCCAGCCCGGCGCCAACUUCACCGAUUUCGCCACAAAAGUCUCGACGAUGGAGAACACCCUGCCGCAGUUCACUGCCGCCCAGCUCAAGGCCAUCCCCGGUGCCAAGAUUAUGAUUGCCGGCGCCGAGCACGAUGAGGCCGUCAACCUCGACGUCCCCGCUACCCUGAACAAGGCCAUCCCCGGCAGCCGGCUCACCAUACUCACCGGUGUCAGCCACUUUGCGCCCAUGCAGGACCCCGUCCAGUUCACCAACGCUGUCACCGCCUUCUUCGCAUCAUAA